AUGGGCUUCCGCAUCACUACACUCUGGAAAGCACCAGAAGUCAACCCAGUCAAUCGGAAGGCCCACUCGAUCCCAGUCCUAAACCCGUUCAACCAGUAUGGGAGAGUCUAUUUUUUCUCGUGGUUUGGGUUCAUGAUUGCUUUCCUGGCUUGGUAUGCGUUUCCACCAUUGCUCUCCGAAGUCAUUAAGCACGAUCUCAAAUUAAGUCAAAAAGAGGUUGCCAACUCCAACAUUAUUGCACUCACAGCCACUCUCCUCGUUCGACUAGUGGCUGGACCCGCCUGUGAUUAUUUUGGUCCUCGGGUUACAUUCGCUGCAUGCCUGCUGCUCGGUGCCAUCCCGAGUGCACUCGCCGGUACAAUCCACAAUGCCACGGGUCUCUAUUUUAUUCGAUUCUUUGUUGGUAUCCUCGGUGGGACAUUCGUUCCUUGCCAGGUGUGGUCAACUGGUUUCUUCGACAAGAAUGUGGUGGGGUCAGCCAACGCGCUCACGGCUGGACUUGGUAAUGCUGGUGGCGGAAUCACUUACUUCGUCAUGCCCGCCAUCUACGACUCGCUCCGCAGUCGGCAACACCUGAGUGAACAUGUUGCGUGGAGAGUGUCCUUCAUCGCGCCGUUCAUCCUGAUCACUGCCGUAGCAAUUGGUCUCUUCGUUACUUGCCCUGACACACCAACUGGCAAAUGGUCUGAACGCCACCUUGCUGUGCAACAAAACCUGCAAGCACAUGGUGUGCGGGCCUCGAACGUGGUAAACAUCCCCGGCAUCAUCACCGAAAAGCCGAACAAUGGUGACUCAACACCCACAUCCACGGAGAAACGCCUCGAUGAAGAAGCCGAACUCGCCACGGCCAAGCACGGCUUCUUCACCAAUGAGACUUCGAUGGGCGCGCAAGAGAUGCUCGACGCUGCUCGAGGUGAAGUCGUCGUCAAGCCUUCCUUUCAUGAAGCCCUGGCCGUGAUUCUCAGCCCACAAACCGUCAUGAUCGCGAUGUGCUACUUUUGCUCCUUCGGCGCGGAACUGGCCAUCAACUCCAUCUUAGGCUCUUAUUACCUGAAGAACUUCCCUACUCUAGGCCAGACGGGUACCGGUAAAUGGGCCGCUAUGUUUGGGUUACUCAACGUGUUUUUCCGGCCCCUUGGAGGCGUCAUCGCAGACAUAAUCUACAAAAGAACUCACUCGGUGUGGGCCAAGAAGAUCUGGAUACACUCUUUAGCCAUCAUCUGCGGGGCAUUUUUGAUCGCCAUCGGAGUUACAGACUCACACUCCCAAACUACGAUGUUCGGUCUUUUCGCCGGCAUGGCCUUCUUCCUAGAGGCUGGCAAUGGUGCCAACUUCGCCCUCGUGCCUCACAUCCAUCCCUUUGCCAACGGCAUUAUAUCUGGUGUCACGGGUGCGUUUGGUAACCUCGGUGGCAUUGUCUUUGCGAUUAUCUUCCGGUAUGAGGGCCAGGACUACGGAAAGACGAUGUGGAUUAUCGGUGUUAUGACUAUUGCGAUUAAUCUUACUGUGUGCUGGAUUAAACCCAUACCUAAGGGCCAGAUUGGUGGUUAUUGA